AUGGCAGUCAUAUUAUUUAUCACAUUCAUUGCAUACACAUCACAGAUAUUUAUUAUAUGGCCACACAUUACAGCAUCAACAAGUCUAGUUCAGUCAAUAUGUAUACUAGCUCCGCUCAAUCUCUUGAUCAUCAUGGUCUACGUACAUUAUUUACUCACCUGCUUCACACAUCCUGGUUCAGUGCCAAGUCGAUAUAUACCAAGGCAACAGGCAUACGUUGAAGUCAAAAAGUCAACACAUACACCACGAUUUUGCAAGACGUGCAACAAUUAUAAACCGCCAAGGACGCAUCAUUGCUCGGUCUGUGAUCAAUGUGUAUUGAAGAUGGAUCACCAUUGUCCGUGGGUGAACAAUUGUGUCGGAUAUUUUAAUUAUUGUCAUUUCAUUCGGUUUAUUGUCUGUGUGGAUAUAACUUCAAUAUACAUAUUUGCAUUACUCUGUUGUAGGCUAAAUGAUAUCGUCCAGCAUCAUCUUCAUCCAGCACCUCCAGAGAUCAUCUUUCUUACACUCAACCUGAUGGGUUUAGUAGUAGCGAUCAUUGGCGUUGGAAUUUUAACAUGCUAUCACAUCUACUGUAUCACGACCAAUACAACCACGAUUGAAGGAUGGGAAAAAGGACGAUCGCUGACUAUCAAAGGAAUGGGCAGAAUACAGCAUGUAAAGGCACCAUAUGACCAAGGCAUCUAUGAAAACAUAGCAACCGUAUUGGGCAAAUACCCUUUUUUUUGGCUAUUACCUAUCCCCAUGCGUGGCAACGGACUUGAUUUUCCUAUAAAGGUUGGCAAUUCUCUUCAUGCAACCUCUUCCACAACUCAAUUGAAUAGACCUGUGUCCGUCGAGACGUUUUGGUCAGUGAAUACCGCCACAACGAUGACUCCGUUAAAGUCAAUCGCUCAGCCUCAAAGUUCAUUUGUAUCUAAUGCUACCACUAUAGUUUAA